UUGGUUCGGCCGGGCACCCCUCGAGCGUCAGUUUUCAACGGGCAGGGCGUCCCAUAGACCUUCAUAGACGUUCCAUAGCGUUGAUAAUAGACGCGAUGAGAACGCUCCCCGCUGCAUCAAAAUUCAACGAGCGCAUUCCGUUUUCAGCUGAAGCGUAUGGUUCAGCGUUCCUGAAACUUUUUUUGGGCGGAUUUUAUAGAAAUGCAUGUAAUCAUAGCGUCUGUAAAUAAAGUUUUGGGCGCGCACGUGUGACGUCAUCUAUGCGACGAUGUUAAAGCCCAUUGCUACUUCCACUAGAUUCUUCUGAGUUCUCAGUGAAAGCUAAACACCAUUAUAAGCUGUAAUAGCGUAAAUCCAAAGGCACUUUUAAGAGCCACGUCCCCGUCGUUUCCCCGUCCUUGCUGUAGUGAAAUUGUCCUAUCUCUGUUGCUGUCUGUGUAUCUCUGUCUGUGUACCUGUGUAUGUGUCUUAUCUGUCCAUCUUUCUGUUGUUAGUCCCUUUCUGUGUUUUUGUUUUUCUAUACUUGUUUGUCAUGACUCGACCUAAGUUCAGGCCCUGCCCAGCUUGCCAGACUCCAAAUCAGAGGAGCAGGAAAACGUGCAGUGCCUGCUACGGAAGCCUGUCAAACAAAACCAAACUGAAAGAAAAAGCGGCAUCACUGAAUAGUGAAUGGGGCCAAGGUGUGGUGAAAAACAGAAAUGUUGGACGUAUAAUUGAUUCUGCCUGUAUUGCAGUGCGGAAACUUGAGGCUCUAGGCUACAAGCCAAUUCUAUUUUAUGGCAAGCCAAAUAGGGCUUCAAAUAUGUGGGCUGCUGAUAUAAUAACCCAUCUGCCCCCCACUCCUGCCACCAAAACCUUACUGGACAAAAUGCGGAGGGCUUAUGAAUUCCUCUUGGCAAAGGAGCUCCCUCAGCAACAUGUCUGGAAUGAGGAUGAGGUUCUCAGUGACCAGCAGCUCUGUAGUCAGGAAAGGAACUCCUGUCUGGACCAAGAGGACCCAGAGCCUCCACAGAUUAAAGAGGAACAGGAGGAACUUUGCACCAGUCAGGAGGAAGAGCAGCUUGAACUAAAGCAGGAGACUGAUGUCUUCAUGGUGACUCUUACUGAUGAGGAAAGUGUGCACAGCGGUCAGACUUGUGCAAAAGAGUCUGUAGGCAAGCCUCAGAUAAAGCUGCACAGAACAGAGCUCCCUCAGCAACAUGUCUGUAAUGAGGAUGAGGUUCUCAGUGACCAGCAGCUCUGUAGUCAGGAAAGGAACUCCAGUCUGGACCAAGAGGACCCAGAGCCUCCAGAGAUUAAAGAGGAACAGGAGGAACUUUGCACCAGUCAGGAGGAAGAGCAGCUUGGACUAAAGCAGGAGACUGAUGUCUUCAUGGUGACUCUUACUGAUGAGGAAAGUGUGCACAGCGGACGGACCUGUGCAAAAGAGUCUGUAGGCAAGCCCCAGAUAAAGCUGCACAGAACAGAGCUCCCUCAGCAACAUGUCUGGAAUGAGGAUGAGGUUCUCAGUGACCAGCAGCUCUGUAGUCAGGAAAGGAACUCCAGUCUGGACCAAGAGGACCCAGAGCCUCCACAGAUUAAAGAGGAACAGGAGGAACUUUGCACCAGUCAGGAGGAAGAGCAGCUUGAACUAAAGCAGGAGACAGAUGUCUUCAUGGUGACUCUUACUGAUGAGGAAAGUGUGCACAGCGGUCAGACUUGUGCAAAAGAGUCUGUAGGCAAGCCCCAGAUAAAGCUGUACAGAACAGAGCUCCCUCAGCAACAUGUCUGGAAUGAGGAUGAGGUUCUCACUGACCAGCAGCUCUGUAGUCAGGAAAGGAACUCCAGUCUGGACCAAGAGGACCCAGAGCCUCCACAGAUUAAAGAGGAACAGGAGGAACUUUGCACCAGUCAGGAGGAAGAGCAGCUUGAACUAAAGCAGGAGACUGAUGUCUUCAUGGUGACUGUUACUGAUGAGGAGAGUGUGCACAGCGGUCAGACUUGUGCAAAAGAGUCUGUAGGCAACAUGCCAGUUAUAAGCGUUGUGGUAUCAGAAGCACAAAGUAAUCUGCAGCUCAUCUCUCACAAUUCUAAUGACGCAGGGUUAACAAGAACUGCAGAUCCAGAAAUAAACAAAAGACAUCGCAAAACCAAAAGGAACAAGGUAAACAACGCUAACUUGUCAGACAUGCAACGUAAUACUUGCACAGUGAACAAUAAUUUAAAAUGUGAAACUUGUGGGAAAGAUUUUAAGGACAUGUCAAAAUUGCGAAGACACAUGACCACCCACACGGAUGAAAAGAAAUUUACUUGCAAAACAUGUGAAAAAAAAUUCAGAUAUGACAGUAACUUUAAGAGGCACAUGAGAAUCCACACAGGUGAGAAACCGUAUGUUUGCAUGACCUGCGAGAAAAGCUUCAAUGAGAUGUCAGCAUUAAAAAGGCACAUGAGAGUCCACACAGGUGAGAAACCGUAUGUUUGCAUGACCUGCAGGAAAAGCUUCACUGUCAUGUCAACAUUAAAAAGGCAUAUGAAAGUCCACACAACUUAUGUACUUAUGUACCCACACAAGUGACAAGGCACAUAAAUGCAGCACUUUUCAUCUGGAUGAAUGUUCACCAGGCAGCUACCUCUGGGACUGAGCAAUGCAACAUGUUAACAUGUUUAAUACUGCCAUUAACUUGCAAAUGUAACUUUUAUGAUUGCAAUAUGUCAUUCUGUUUUGUAUUUUGCAGUGGCAUUCAAUUGUUUUUUUGGUUGCUAUUUUGGUUUUGAGGUGACACUUGAUGAAGUUGGAAAUAAUAAUCUACAUUGUGCUUUAAUGAAUAGAAAUGAUCAGUGCACUUAAUGCUGUGUGAUCUAAUGUAUGUAUCUAACUAUAAAGCUUUGUUUGGUCAUCCUGUAAGAAUACCAGAUUCACCCUAAACGCUAAAGAUAUAAGCAAAUGAGGGUCAUCCAGGCAGCUGGUAUGACUGACAUAAUAAGUAAGUGGAUGUAAGUUGUUACAAACAGUAGGUGUUUAAAUGAUGGCCACAUGGGCUUGAGCUUAAGUUAUUAUAUUAUUUAAAAACGUUGAUUAGUUUGAUCACCGGAGUUGCCUCAUAUUGAACUUUGGUAAUACUAAUAAGAGAUUGCAUUUGAAACACAAGUAAGAUCUUGAACAGUUUCAAAUAAAAAACGAAAUGGUUCUCA